AUGGUGGCCGGCGCCUUCCCCAUCGCCAAGUUGCUCUACCUGGGCGUCCGGCAGCUCUCGAAGCCCCUGGCGGCGCGCAUCAAGGACGGGGCGCGCGCCAGCCCCUUCUUCCGCCAGUACAUCUGCGGGCCCCCCGCGCAGCUCUACCACUGGGUGGAGAUGCGGACCAAGAUGCGCAUCAUGGGCUUCCGGGGCGCUGCCAUCAAGCCGCUGAACGAGGAUGUGGCUGCGGAGCUGGGGGCCGAACUGCUGGGCGAAGCCAUCGUCUUCGGGGUGGGGGGCCUGUGCAUCUUCCUGGAAUACUCCCGCCAGACCAGCAACACCAAGAAGAAGGAGGAGGAGCUGAACUGCACCUUGCUCGGCCUGCAGGAGCAGGUGACCGAGCUCGGCUUGACUCUGGAG